UCAACUUAUACGUUAUUCUAGACGCUCAACUCUACAUAAAAGUUUUCAGUCAGGAUGAAAGUCGUCGUCUGCCAAGGAACUAAAGGCGUGUCAAGUGGAACAUCAUUCGUUAAAAGAACAUGGAGCAGGAGUCCGGCUCGUGUCCCAUCUGCCUGGAACCCUGGGACAAGUCGACCCACACGCCCAAGUUCCUCAGCUGCCACCACACCCUCUGCCUCGACUGCGUGACCACUCUCUUCGAAAAUGCCGUCGCUGGAGAGGGAGAAGGACUAGGAGGAGGAGGAGGAGGAGGAGGAGGAAGAGGUGGGGAAGAGGAAGAUUCGCAAGGGAGAAGGGGGAGAGGAAGAAGGGGCAAUCCCAGCGAGGAAGUUUCUUCCCCUCGGUCUCCCACUUCGAUCUCGAGUAGAUUCUUCCAGUUCCGGGCCCCGGAGAACCCUCGGAACCCCAAAGUGCCCAGCGACUCGGCCAUCCUCUGUCCCAUGUGUAGGUCCCCCACGCUCGUCAGGGACCCCACGAGCCUGCAGACCAAUUUCUACUUGGGGGCGCUCCCUCGCACGCCCUCCGUCCCCAGGUUAUUAUUAUGGUGCGAGACAUGCGACGCCAUAGCCGAGCCUGCCUGCGGAGACCACAGUGUCCAUCCCCUGCCAGACAAAGUCAAAGCCCUUAAGGAUGAAGUGACGUCAUCCGGCCUCCUGCUCCUGGAGGACAUGUGCUCCUUCCUGGCCGAAGAAAACCGCCACCUGCAAGUGUACAAGUGGCUCUGCGUCCUCCUGCGCAGCGCCAGGGACCAGGUCAAUCACGCCUUCGUGAAGAGUCAUAAUAAUUACAAUGCUGUUCUCGAAAGGGUGAAAAAUCUUCAGCAUCUGCUCGACGAGUGCGACGCCGUCUACGCCAAAGAGGAAGAUGAAGAAAAGAUAACAGGGUUGUCGCGUCUCCAAAUGACUCUGCGGUCGAACUACUCCUCUUGGUAUGGAGAAGAAUAUGAAGGAGAAGAGGGGAGAGAAGGAGAAAGGGAAGCAGGAGCAGAGAAGAAGAAAAUGAGGAUUUCCCUGCCCGUUCUCCAAGACCUUUUCCACAUACACGUCGCCUUCCAGCCUCCUGAGAGCUUUCAGAAAGCGCACGUUAUUUUGGAGACGAACGUCGACGGCGCCACGCUCUCCUUCUUCUCUGAGACUGAGAUAGAGGAAGAGGAAGAAGCAGAAGAAAAAGAGAAGAGAGAGCAGACGGAGGUGGAUGGCCUGAGGCGCUCUUCGCGGCGACGGAGCCAGAAUCAUAAAAAGGGACGCGACAAGAGGUCCUUCUCGUUCUCAGUCACAGACGCCGCGCAUCGACGCCUAGGAUCGUCUAGGUCGCCCUCGAUGCCGGCUGGAACCUGCCAAACCCUUCCAGCCUCUUCCAGGACUCCUUCGGGGAGUCACCAGGGCGCACCGACAGGAAAUCCGGGAACAAACACCAUGCCUUCCAGCCGGCGAGGAGGCCUUUCUUUGAUCGUGACUCCCAGCUCUGCAGGUGUUCCUACUCUUGCUGCUCGUUUGCCUCCCCCGCCCGUUUCCUCCUCCUCGUCCCAAGGCAGUGUUCCCGAGCUGGUCCUUAGACCCCUCGAGCUCGCUUCCUGUGAGGCCGAGGAGCCGUGGGCGCAACAGGGGGAGCAGAAUUACCUCUUCCCCGAUGGUCCGAGAGUCGAGGCUUCCUGUGCGCCCCCGCCCCUCCCGCCAAGGUCGCCACGGCUCCAUUCUGCGGGUUUCUUAGAAUCUCGAGGAGAACCGUCGCCUCGACCCUUGGAGCCGAAUGAGGAUAUCGUGGAUUUGAUAGAAUUCCUUGAAGAGGUACCGUUCCCCACGCAUCCGCAGCCGGAAGCCAGGCCGGACGACAGGCGCAGGAGGCGGGGGCGGAGGCCGGGGGGACAGAGCCGCGGCGGACGGCGGCACAGAAGCGCCUGCGUUAUCAUUUAACCUGUUGACCGUCCCUUCCCUCUCGGGCGCGGUGAACAGGCUAAGAAAGAGCGCUGCGCCCUGUGGGAGUCGAUAUCACCUGAAGGUAACAUUAUUUAUGCAUGUUAUGUAAAAUAGUAUCCCUAGUGUAUAUAUUUUAACAUUUUUCCGCACCUUGCAAGACUUACAAGAUUGAAAUUCAUAUGGCUUAGUAUUUUCUACAGAGAAAUUUUGGUUUGAAAUGUAAAAAAAAAAAAAAUUAUAUAUAUGUAUAUACAUACAUAUAUAUAUAUAUAUAUAUAUAUAUAUAUAUAUAUAUAUAUAUAUAUAUUCUGAAUAACUAAUGCGGUUUAAAUGGUGCGAUCAUGUUUUUGCUGUUUUGGGCUUGUGUUUUAAUUACCAUACAUGUAUAUACUGUUAAUUUGAGUAAUAUCAGAAUUGUCUUAGAUUAGUUUGUUUCUGUAUAGAUAUGAAUAUAUUCCCUUUUUAUACAUUUACCCGAACUGUAUUUACUUAUAUCAGUACAUAAAAAUUACUGUUGUGACAAAUAAAGUUUCAACACUCGCA